GUUAAGGUCGCUAUUAGCAAGACCCCACUUUCUCCAAGGUUCUUAAUUUCUAUAUUUCUUUGAAUGUUAAGUUGUGUUUUGUGGAGCGAUUCUUGUCGGUGUAGCCCAUGAAAACGUGACGUUGUUUGUUGACAUGAAGUGUACCCUACCUAUCAUUUUAGUAUCGUCGCAUUCGAUUGUUCGGCAAUGUAGUUCGCGCUUUGCUUCCUCUCAAACGGCAUUUGAUCGCAAGUCGAUUCAAUAUGCUGGCAAGCAUAUUAAGCAAGCACUCCAAGGCCGAGACGUAGUAUUCUACCAAGCACCUGACGGUGUUAAACGCAUGUUUAUGUUUAUGUAUAUUUCGGCUGGUGUUCAGCUCUUAUUCUGGGGAAAUCUCGCUAGUUUGGCGUAUGUCAGCUAUAGUAAAAAAGAAAGCAACGCCGAAGACGCCCCCAUUGUCUUGGCACCGAAAGGACAGCGUAUGGCCAUUGCGGGUGGACUGGUCUCCAUUGGCGUUGGCAUAGCUACCUUCAUGUGCAUUUAUCCUUGGAGAUAUAUUGAUAAACUCAUUCUCCUCCGAGGUGCAAACAGGGUAAGGCUGGUCACGCAUGCACGCUUUAUGGACUCUCACAAGUAUAAAGAGUAUCCUAUCGACCAACUUUACUGCAAACAAAAGGUCUUUACGGGUUUAGGCACUAAGGGUGUCGAUCCGUUGGGUAAGACUAAUUCAUCGCACAUAUUUUUGCGUGCGCAGGGCGAACGCAUUGCAUACAUGUUGGAUCGAAAAGGCAAAUUCACAGACGUUAAGCUGUUUGACGGUUUAUGGUAUAACCCCUCAGCACGAUAAAAAUGGAAGAGAUGUGUUUUUCAAGAUGCACUGAUUGUGUGUUUUAUUUUAUACAAAUGGUGAAGAUACGAUAUAUAAAAGCUAAAAAGGAAGAGAGAAGGGGGAAGCUACUCCAUAUAUAU